CGUUUGAGGGACAUUACGAGCUGCACCUGAAGGCAGCACCCCCGUUUAGUCAGUCAGCAGCAGAGAGUCGCAGCCAGUGUGGCAGCUGGGAAUGUGGGGGUUUCAACAGACCGCUAUUUUCAGAGCUGGGAACCGUAGCGGGGCUGGCCAGGAAGAGACGCUGCCCACACCUGUACUUUAGCCACCACACUGGCUUAAUUUGAAGUCCAAACGGGCGACCUGCGUUUUCUGCCCAGAGGAGUCGGUGUUCUCGGACCGCAUCAGAUGGUCAACGGACAGCCGCUGGUGGCUCACUGCGGGGCUGCAUGCUAGAAGGGAACCAGCCGGAGCAUCGCGUUUGUUCCCGGGUCUGUGUACGUACGCUAAGACCUUACCUUCUGCCUGGUGUGUCCUUAAAAAUGCACUAAAGUGACACUCGUUUAGUAUAAUCUGUAUAGUGUCCCGGUGUGAAACGCUCGGUUAAAUGUGUCUGUUUCACCGCUACCAAACCACUCACACGAACAACGAUGGACUGAAAUCUGCGGCUGGGGCGAGCGACACACAACCUGCCGCGAUUUCCUGCAUGUGAAUAAAUAAAUGAUAGAGGAUACAAUGACCCUGCUGUCUCUAUUAGGUCGGAUCAUGCGUUAUUUUCUGCUCAGACCGGAGACCUUGUUCCUCCUGUGUAUCAGCCUGGCUCUAUGGAGUUACUUCUUUCACACGGACGAAGUGAAGACCAUCGUCAAGUCCAGCCGGGAUGCGGUCAAGAUGGUCAAGGGGAAAGUGGCGGAGAUGAUGCAGAACGAGCGGUUCGGUGGGCUGGACGUCCUGGACGCGGAGUUCUCCAAGACCUGGGAGUUCAAGAGCAACAACGUGGCCGUGUACUCCAUCCAAGGCCGGCGAGACCACAUGGAGGACAGGUUCGAGGUGCUCACCGACAUCGUCAACAAGAGUCACCCGUCUAUAUUUGGGAUUUUUGAUGGCCAUGGAGGAGAGGCUGCUGCUGACUUUGCCAAGGCCCACCUGCCUGAGGCGCUACGCCAGCAGCUACUGACCUACGAACGGGAGAGAGAGCGAGACCGAGAAAAAGACAAGGAGAAAGAUGAAAAAAAGGAGAGGGGCGGCUCGUCCUAUCCUUCCAUACUGGAGCAGCAGAUCCUGAAUUUGGACAGAGAAAUGCUGGACAAGCUCUCAGCCACUUACAAUGAAGCAGGUACUACGUGUCUGGUGGCACUGCUGUCUGAUAAGGAGUUGACGGUGGCCAACGUUGGAGACUCGCGUGGAGUUCUUUGCGAUAAAGACGGCAACGCCAUUCCUCUGUCACAUGACCACAAACCUUACCAGCUCAAAGAACGCAAGAGGAUCAAGAAGGCUGGUGGGUUCAUCAGCUUCAACGGCUCGUGGCGUGUCCAGGGCAUCUUGGCCAUGUCUCGUUCUCUGGGCGAUUACCCCCUGAAGAACCUCAACGUGGUUAUUCCUGAUCCUGACAUCAUGUCAUUUGACCUGAACAAGCUGCAGCCGGAGUUCAUGAUCCUGGCGUCGGACGGCCUGUGGGACACCUUCAGCAACGAGGAGGCGGUUCGCUUCAUCCGGGAACGACUGGGCGAGCCUCAUUUUGGGGCCAAGAGCAUCGUCCUCCAGUCCUUCUAUCGCGGUUGCCCUGACAACAUCACCGUCAUGGUGGUCAAGUUUAAAGGCAAGCCCAGCGAGCAGUAGACCACCCGUCUACGACACACAGUAUCUGUAUCAUGUUUGAAUAUAAGUAAGAAUAAGAUAGGCUUAAGAUGAAAGAUUUAAAAACUGAGCCUGCAACUUUUUGAGCGAGAACUAUUUCUAUCCCAGAUAUUUACAGAAGUUAGCCCACCGAAGCAUCAAACCACGCCACAUCCCCCUCCUUUUACUUUUACUGCUGAAAAAGUGACACUUCCGAAAACGUCUUUCAUUUAGGCUUAGCAGUUUAAUGCAAGCUGGGUCACUGUUAUGCAAAUAAACAGAUUUAGAAGUGUGUGUGUGUGUGUGUGUGUGUGUGUGUGUGUGUGUGUGUGUGUGUGUGUG